AUGUCGCUUAUUGAGAAUUUGAAUAGGCUAGCUAAGCAACACGUUCCAUUUGAGCGCUCAGUCUUCACAGAUGAGUUUUUAUCCGAUUGGUCUACUGGCUAUAAUAAGUUGAUGGAGCACUACGAUGCAAUUGAAGAAGCAUCUGAGAAGGAAACUUAUCUUUAUAAAGUUUUUACUGAGGCUUUGAUGUUCACUAAUGAAGACUAUAAGAAGUUGAUUGGUGAUAAUUACUCCUCUUUGGCUAGUUUACUAUCAAAGUUAUGUUCCAGAAAUAAUAAGGCGGCUCGUUUGCUUGUCAAUGUUGUAAAUUAUUUUCCAAAGCAAUCUGAAGACGAUUCUAAUCUUAUUGAGUUAGUUAAGGCUAUCGAAGGCAUGCAACUUGAAUUUUCAACGAGUCUCAACGAGAAACUUUUGGCGCAUAAGUGGACGAAAGAACAGUUAUCGCUAUAUAAGAGAAGCUUAAUUUCUGAAAAAUACCAUCUGAAGAAAUAUAACCUGUUAUUUGAGUGUCCUAUCGGGUUUUCUCAGCUGAUCUCUUUACUUAAUGUUGCAUAUAACGACAGGGACCGGUUUCAGUCAUUGGAAUAUUAUUCCUCACAGCUGGUGUUCGUUGCGAGCAAAUAUAGUUUGGAUCCUAUCCGUGUUUUGGACAUUAUAUUGAGGGUCUCUUCCAUAUAUGUGUAUGACCAUCACGAAUUCUUCACUGAAUUAUUGAAACACUCUGAUUAUUGGCCUUUAACACCAUCCGAUCCGUUCGAUUGGAAGAGAUUGAACCAUGGUGGUAAUGUUGUAGCAUCCCGUUUAAUUGCAAACAAGCUCUCCAGUGAGGAAUUUGAUGAUAGAUAUAUGGAUAUGGUGUGUAUAUUGAUAAAGGAAGGUUUUGUUUCGUAUCUCUCUAUUUUGGAGAGCUUGGGUCCAGAUGAUGAGACAGUGGCUAAGUACGUUAAUGAAUACUACCAUGACUUGGAGCAACAAUCUAUGGAGGGUGCUAGUAAUCCAUUGGCUAUGGCUGCAGCCCUACCGGAUGAAGAAGAAGUCUUGGCAGGUAACGGAAUAGAUAGCAAGAAGAGCGAUACAGAAGGUCAAAAGGCUGCUGCAUUAGAAGUAAAGGAGAAAGAGGAAGAGCAGAAGCAAAGAGAAAGGAAGAAUAGACACUUCCAGAUUAAUGAAGUAGGUAAAUGGCGUUUGGUAACUAGUUGUUUAAAUCACGGUCUUUUGAUACCUGCACUAUAUUCCAUAAAAAUGAAUGAAAAAGUUGCGAUAACUAUUGAUGGGCUUGUUGAGGCAUUGAUUAGAGCUUACGAUUUUAUGAUUGAUCCUUGUUACAAAAAAUCUAUCAACACACCGGAAUACAAUGUCACCGCAAAGAUUAAAAUGAAGAUGUCACAUAGCGGCAUACCGAGUAAACAAUGUCGACUUGUUCAGGAACGGAUUUCUCCUAACGUGAACGAGAAAUUUUUACUUGGUGAAAAGUCGACUUUCUACUAUAGUAAGUGGUCAGACAGAUUACCGGUAAUUGCUUCAAUAGAAGAUUUAUUCAGCCAAUCUCACGAGAUUUUGACGUUUGUGGGAACCAGAUUAACCUUACAGCCGCAAGUUAUAACUAAACUAAGCAAAAUUGCUAUUCGCGAUAUUGCGGAUUCAGAAAACUCUGAGGAAUCAAUUGCAAAGUGGAUAGACUUCUUCAGGAAGUUUCUUCUUCCAACUGUGGCCGCUCUAGAGGAUGAUUUUUUUGCAUGUUCGUCUUGCUAUGAUUUAAUGAAGUUGUUCCCAUUUGAAAAAAGGUACUUCAUGUAUAAUGAACUACUCACUAAGAUAUCUGAAGAUAACAUAUUUGUCAAAUUGAACUUUAAUAGGGCUAAGCGCAGAAUAAGAAGUUUAUUAAAAUCGUUAAGUAUUGAUAAUAUUGACGAAAAGGCUAAUGAGGUCGCCCGAGUCAUAUCGAGUAAUCCGCUUGCAACCUUAGAGCCGGUAGUAAACCAAAUUGAGAACUAUGACAAAGUGUCGGAAUUGGUUGUUAUUUCAGCAACAAAGUUUCCUGAUUUUGCAUAUGACGUUUUGCAGUAUAUUCUACUGUUAAAGCUUACUUCUGGGCGUAGUUCUCUGCAAAGUGACGGUAUAAACCAAUGUUCUUGGAUACAAAGGUUGUCCUCAUUUAUUGCAGGACUUGCAAAGGUUUGUCCAAGGAUGGACUUGGAGAAUAUUAUUAUAUUUACAGUCAAGAAUAUGCACAAGGAUUACAAUUUGUCAAUUCCUAUUUUAAAAGAAUUAAUAUCCAGAGUAGGAGGUAUACAAAGUAUCAAUAACAUCAGUUGGAAGCAGUUACAUAUGCUAAACUCAGGACCUGCGUUGCGCAGGGUUGCAAGGUCUUUGAUUCUGGACACCAGACAGGACACCCUAGUUGCUGCGCGUGCAAUCACAAAACUAUUAUUGAAAAUGAAUUGUAUAUCGGAAUUGAUUGUGCUGUUAUGCAACAUUAAUGCUUCUAGCCUGUCUUCUGAUACCCAUUACAAAAUUUUAUCAACAAAAUACGACGAUUCCAAAUCGUUACUAUGGGCAUUUGUUGAAAUGUUGAAAUACACAUUAACCGUUGAUGAGUUCAUUUCCAGCGUUCUACCUUUUGACGAGAUGGUAGCUGAAUAUAAUAUACCAAUUGAGUGGAGUUUUAACAUAUGGAGGGACUGUAUUCAGGAAAGCAAUCAGGAAGGUAAAGAACCUAGCAAAAUAAUUGAUACAGCUCUUGAUAAAACUGAGUUCAAGCAUAUUCCGUUUGCAAAUUUGAACAAGGAACUUUUUACCACAUUCUGGAAACUAUCUUUAUAUGAUGUUCAAUUUAACAAUCAAUUAUAUGACGAGGUCACUGAACAACUAAAAUUGAAACUCUCGAAGGCUAAAUUCCAGCGUGAGAAGAAUGUCUUUAUGACUGAAGUUCAACAGGUUAUGUCUAACUGCCUUACUCACCAGAAAGCGUUCAAAAAUAUGCAAGUAUUGUUGAAAGAAAAGAGAAGCAACUUUGUUCCAGAACUAAAUUCAGAUACAAUUGAAGCAUUUUUCCAGUACUGCGUUCUUCCGAGAACUUUAUUCACAUGUUCGGAUGCUGUUUACAGUGCGUUGUUUAUUAUUGAACUUUUUGGUGUUAAAGAAACUUUUACAAUCUUCAAACUCAUCGUUGAGCGCCGUAUACUUGGAGGGUUGUUAUUCUCUUGCACAGUUGUAGAAUCGGAGAACUUGGGUUUCUUCUUCAACGUUUUAUUGGAUGCAUUUGAAAAGGCAAGGGAAGAAGGCAGUUUUGAUAAUGAUAGCCUUGCGGAGCUAUUUAAGUUGCAUUCGACUAUAAUUACGGACAUGAGGCUAUUAUUAAUGGAAACAAAUUACAUGUCAAUUAGGAAUGCUAUCGAAUUUCUCAACCAAGUGACAACUAUUUUCCCAGUUGUUGAUGACCAUAUUAAAGAAGUGCUAGGUGCUUUAACUGAAAAAUUAGGUGAUGGAGAAAGAGAAGAUAUUAGGCUACCAUGUAACGCGUUGAUCGGUCACCUAAAGAAUCGUUUAAAGUCUGCAUGCAAACCCCAGGAGUUCUAUGAACUUCCUGCUGAAGAAUUGAUGGCCAUCCAAAAUAAAGAAAAAGAGGAUAUGAGAAUAAAGGAAUAUCAAGAUGCACUAGCUAAGGACGCAGAAGCUGAAAAAUUAGAGCAAUCAAAAGCAUUAAAAGAAUCCGCGAAAUCAGCAGAAUCAAACAAACCUAACCGUUACAGCGCAGCGUCCACUGAUGUAGGUAGUGGUAGCGGCACAGAACGAUUACCACCGUCCUCAGAGGGCAGUUCUACAGUUCCAUAUCAAGUUCAGAAAACUUUAGAUGCCAUUGACUCUGUCCACAACCUGAUCACCUCAGCGAAAGUAGAUCAAGUGCCAAAGCUAAUUAGGGAUUUCUUCUUCAAGGACGAGUUGCACAAAGCUCUGAACGAAUAUAACGGUGACGUCGUGUCCUUCAGGAAAAGAAUAACAAACAUUUUGAUGGACUAUUUUUACAGCACUGUCAAGUGGCCUCGUAGUAAUGCUCCUUUCCUUCGCAAGUUGCAAGAUCUUGAAGCGGCCUGUUUAAAGUGUGCAGCUCCUACAUCCAAAGCCAAAUCUAAGGUAACCGCAGACGACUUAUAUGGAGAGGAUGUUCCCACUGCUUCCACCCAUCCUAAAGGCUCCGCCAAUAAACUCGAAAGCAGGCUAUCAACUGCUAACACCUCUGAUACGCCAGUACCUAAAGCUAAAUUGGAAAGGUAUGAUAAGAAGCCAAAGGACAAUACUAGGAGUACUUCUCGCUUUAAAGAUAGUGAAAACAAACCUCAGCAACCUAAAUCUGAAGAAAAGCCGCUCCCAUCUCGAUUCAAUUCUGGUAAGGUACCAAUCGCCACUCCAACACAGCCAUCUGAGUUAGCCGGUCAAAAGGUUCAGAGUAACGCUUUGCGCGACAGGGUAAGUUCAAGGUUCGAAGGAAGACAGGAGCCCAGCAGGAUUUCAGGCCCAAGAGCUGAAACCAGUAGAUUUCCCCAAGCACCCUCAAGGCAGGCAGAUGCAGUCACCGAGAGUAGAUUCCGUAACGCACCAAAAGAGCCUUCUAGGAAACGGCCUGCUUCUGAUUACAGAUAUAACAGUGAUGUGAAACGGCAAAGACAAGCAGACGACAACAAAAGGAAACCUAAUAAAGAAAGACGUUUAGAAAUCCACGCUAACCUUCCACCUGGUCCAAAGAAAGGCGGAGUAAGUAGAUUCAGGUAG